AUGUCUGACACCAAGAUGACCAGUCUGGCAAACAAGCUACAGAACUUGGAGUUGUGCCUCAAGAGUCAACAUGGACAAGAAGUUGGUUUUUAUGGACUGGCUCUGAGAGAAGCCAUUCUGGGAAAGGAUGACUUUAUGGAAAUAGAAGUCCUGAAAAGUCUUGGAGACCUGCGUCUUGAGAAAGCCAAGCUCAGUAAAGAUUCAGCAGAGUUUGACAAGGCUGCUGCCAUGUAUGCUGCUGCUUUACUGCGCUGCAAAGAUCCAGACAUGGGAGAAACACUGGGACAUCGCUACCAGUAUGUGGAGAAACUCUCCAGACAACUGCUGCAGGGGUACAGUCCACACUUCCGGUGGCUGUCACCAGACUACUGGGGUACUGCUGACAGUAAUGUCUUAAGGGUGGCAAAAAUCUGUGACAAACUGGACAGAAGUGUUAGAGAUUCUUUUGAACAGACUUACACAGAAAUGUUAGUAACUGCAGUUGAGAACAGUGACAUGUUCUUGGAAGUUGAGGUUCUAAAAUCCCUCGGAGAUUUCUACCUUGAGAAAGGCAAGAAAACCUCAGAGUCUGAUGUAUCCCAGUUCUCCAAGGCAGCUGCCAUGUACAACAAGGCUCUGACAACAUGUGGGGAUCCUGGGACAAAACUGACUCUACAACAUCGUAUUAGAUAUAUGGAGAAGAUCAGGGAGACAGUGCAAAAGAAACUGUUGUCAAAGAAACCAAGACCCUGGAGAGAAAAAAGACCACACAUCGAGCACCAGUCUGGGAACAUCACAAGAACUGACACUCAGGACCAACAUCUCCAGACAGACAGAACAAGAGCAUACACCAACCACCUUAAGGAAGGAGACUCCUCCCUUGCCAAGGCAGACCUGGACUCAGCAGAGCAGCACUUUGCAGCUGCACUCAAGAUGGUGCAUGUGAGAGACCCCACAGCCCAGCAGUACCAGAGAGAGGUGGAACCCCUGUGCAAGAUGGGGGAUGUCUACAGUAAGCGAGGUCAGCAGACAGGAGACGGGGGAGACUUUGUCAAAGCAGCAGCACUCUACAAUGCAGCAAUAGCCAGGUCACAGGAUAAAGUCCUCAAUUGUAACUUAGCAACAGGUAUUAGAGAAGUAGACGAAUUGUUUCUGAAAUGUAUCUUAGAUGCUGAUUCUGUAGCUCAAGAUAACACAGAAAAACACAAGAAACAGCUGAAGGAGAUGCGGGACCAGAUCAAGCUGGAGAUGGAAACCAUUGACCAGCAGCUGGAUCCCUAUGUACAUGAUGAGGACGACCCAUGUGUCAGAGAGAUAGAGGCAAAACGAGCUCACGCUGUCAGGCAGUUGUUUGAUAAAAUUUCACAACAAAGGAAGGAGUUCAUCAGCCUGCUUGUAGAAGAGUGUAUUGGGUUAAUGGGUCCCCCUCCCUGUAAGUAUGCCCUGAUGGGUUUGGGUUCACAGGCCACAGGACUGGUAACUCCAUAUUCAGACCUGGAGUUUGCCAUCUUGGUAGAAGAAGAAAGUGAAGAAUGUCUUGUGUAUUUCCGUAACCUCACCCACUAUCUACACCUCAAGGUGGUCAACCUGGGAGAAACCAUUCUCCCAGCACUGGGAAUAGAAUCUCUCAAUGACUUCUACUCUGAGAAUCCACUUGAAAACUGGUACUAUGACUCUGUUACACCACGUGGGUUUGCAUUUGAUGGCUCCAUGCCAAAAGCAAGCAAGACUCCACUGGGCAGGCAGGGAACUAUGGACAAACCACCCAGUGAACUCAUCUGCACACCACAAAACAUGGUCUCAAUACUUCAGAAUGAUGUCACACUGUACCUAAAGGAAGGAUAUCAUCUUGCCGCUAUCUUGAGAAACCCAUGCCUGAUAGCGGGGGAACAGGAUUUUAUUGACACAUACAUGGGCAUCACAGUGAAGAUACUGCAAGCUGAUGGGGGUAAAAUGGCUCAACAACUGGCACAGGAGACACUGAAGGAUAAUAUGGAAAACAUCAGUAAUAAGGAAACAAUAACAGCAAAGCUAGUUGAUGUAAAGAAAGAAAUCUAUCGCUUCCCAGCUGUAGCAGUGGACUGCUUGGCACUGUCUUCAGGCAUCAUACCUACCACAGUUUGGGAGACGAUAGAAGAAUUGGGAAACCAACAAGUGAUCAGUCCCAACAAUGCACACCACCUGACAGUGCUUACCAGCAUCUCAGCAGAACUCAGGCUCAGAACAUACAUGGCAAAUGGUGGACAGAAGGAAAACCUGUCAGCUUUGGCCUCAAUGGAAACAGCACAGCAUGGACAGGAGUCAUCCCUACAGACCAAUGAUGAAGCACAGACAAAUAUGCUGAAACCAGUUUUCUACCUUCAAAAUGACAAACAGCUUUUCAGAUACUUUUAUACUUCAGUGCCUCUGAGGAAGGCUUUUUCUGAAUCAUUUUCUGAAAAGAAAACAAACCACAGUCCAUUCUCAGAAUUCUAUGAUAAUUCUCCAAAAGUAUGUGGAAGGAUGUACGCAGAAGUCUGCAAAUACAGGCUGGCUAUUAGUUACUAUAUUGAGGCCUUGAAAUAUGCUGAACAUAUAGAUACUGAGAAAAUAGACUUGCUUCGAGAACUUGGACAUAUUUGGCAUACGAUGGGAGACUACCAAAAAUCAAUUGAUUACACCAAAGAGGCACUACAAAUAUUCAGGAGUAUCUAUGGUCAGGGUACAGAACAUUUUAUUAUUGCCAUUUCACUCAACAACCUGGGGACAGCCUGGGGUGACCUGGGUGAUUACAAGAAAGCAAUCAGCUACCUUGAACAGGCACUGCAGAUAUUCAGGAAUAUCUAUGGUCAGGGUACAGAACAUCCUGGCAUUGCCUUGUCACUUAACAACAUGGGGUUUGCCUGGCACCGCCUGGGUGAUUACAGGAAAGCAGUCAGCUACUAUGAACAGGCACUGCAGAUGCGCAGGAGUAUCUAUGGUCAGGAUACAGAACAUCCUGACAUUGCUUCCUCACUCAACAACCUGGGGUCAGCCUGGGAGCACCUGGGUGAUUACAGGAAAGCAAUCAGCUACUUUGAACAGGCACUGCAGAUGAGGAGGAGUAUCUAUGGCCAGACUAAAGCACAUUCUCACAUUGCCAACUCCUUUAACAACCUGGGGUCAGCCUGGUGCCACCUGAGUGAUUACAGAAAAGCAAUCAGCUACCAUGAACAGGCACUGCAGAUGUACAGGAGUAUCUAUGGUCAGACUAAAGCACAUCCUGACAUUGCCACCUCACUCAACAACCUGGGGACAGCCUGGGGUGACCUGGGUGAUUACAGGAAAGCAAUCAGCUACUAUGAACAGACACUGCAGAUGUUCAUGAGUAUCUAUGGUCAGGGUACAGAACAUCCUGACAUUGUCACUUUACUCAACAACCUGGGGACAGCCUGGAGCCUCCUGGGUGAUUACAGGAAAGCAAUCAGCUACUAUGAACAGGCACUGCAGAUGCAGAGGAGUAUCUAUGUUCAGGGUACAGCACAUCCUGAUAUUGUCAGGUCGCUCUACAAUCUGGGGUCAGCCUGGUGCCUCCUUGGUGACCACAGAAAAGCCCUCAGUCUCUGCCAAGAAGCAUUGGCUAUGGCAAGGCAGAUUUACCCCCAAAACACAUUGGUCAUCCACUGAUAAAAGAAGCUGAAUCUUAUUAUCUAGCUGUAAUAUUAUCAAGUCAAGUAUCUGCCAUGUCCAGUACAGAAGCUACAGAU